AUGGAAAACGGGUUUCCUGCCACCACUUUGACAGGCCGGAGACACAAGCCGCGUGUUGACAGACGGCAGCCAAUCAGGAGGCGGCUGGUCCGUGACGUUGACCAAUCAGGGGCCGGAGGGGGCGUGGCCUCAGGACAGAAGAGAAGUAGGAAAAAAAGAAAAAAAGAGAAAAAAAAGAAAAAACUGAAGAAAAAAAGAAAGAAAAAAAGGAAGGAAAAAGGGAAUAAAAGAGAAAAAAGGACAAGCAAGAAGAAAAAAAGGGAAAAAAGGAAAAAAAAGGAAAAAAGGGAAAAAAGGAAAAAAAAGGAAAAAAGGAAGAAAAAAGCAAGAAAAAAAAGGAAAAAAAAGAGGAAAAAAAGAAGAAAAAAAGAGACAAAAAGAAAAAAAGAAGAAAAAAAGAGACAAAAAGAAAAAAAGAAGAAAAAAAAGAAAAAAGGAAAAAAGGAAAAAAAGAGAAGAGAAAAAAUAAGAGAAAAAGAAAAAGAAAUAAAUAAGAAAAAAAGAAUGAAAAAAAGGAAGGAAAAAAAGAAAGAGAAAAAAAGGACAAACAAGAAAAAAAAAAAGAAGAAAAAAAGAAUGAAAAAAAGGAAGGAAAAAAAGAAAGAGAAAAAAAGAACAAACAAGAAGAAAAAAUGGGGAAAAAAGAAAAAGAAAAGAAAAAAAGAAAAAAAAGAAGAAAAAAAGAAAAUGAAAAAAAAGAAAAAAAAAGAAAGAAAAAGGGAAGGAAAAAAAGAAAUAAAAGACAAACAAGAAGAAAAAAGGGAAAAAAGGAAAAAAAGA